AUGGUCGAACUCCUAUUGGCCAACCGAGCUGACCUUGCGAUAACCAAUAGCCUUGGCCACAAUUGCCUUCAUCAUGCCGCCAUGUUGGGCAAUCCCGGGUGA